AUGGUAGCAGACCUACCCUGCAGUACUGAGACGUCCAUCGCGGAGCCGGCUGUGAAGAAGUCGCGUUGUACCGACUCACCGAUACAGUUCAACGUCUCCUCUCCUUCACAACCGUCUCCCCUCCGCGAUGCUACUCGGGAGACCGGUUUCGGCGAUGGCAUACCCAGAGCCGAGACCCUCAUGUUCUUGGCUGCCAACUCGCUCAGGUAG